CUCCUACGCCCACCCGGCAAGCGUGCUGGACUGUGUGGCUGCGCGAAUGGUGGAGCAGCGCUUGCCCUCUGUGGCACCUCCUAGGAGGGCCCCGUGGGAUGUGGGAGAGGGGGCCGGGCAGUCAGGCAAAGGUUAGGGGAGGGAAACCAGGCAGAGACCCAGGAGGACAGCAGGAAAUGUUUAUGCUUCUCCACCAGGGAGGGAGGACAAACAGGCUCUCCCGACAACCCGGGGCAGCGCAGGCAGAGUCCACGGAGCUCUGCGGCUGGAGCCUUCCGGACCCUGUGGUCACUUCUGUUGGGAGUGACACCUCGCUGGAGGCCGUGUAUGCCACCAGCUUUGCCUCCGGGUGGGACCAGCUGCUUACGACCGCUGGAGGUGGGGGCCUGGGGGUGGGAGAGCUUGGUCCUUGUGCACUGUUGCCUGCAGCCCUGUGGGGGGAAGAGGCAGAGGCGGCGAGGGCAGAGAAGGGGCAGCUGGCUCGGUGGCACAUGGAACACCAUGGCCAACAGCUCGUGCUGCCUCAUCGAGGGGGACUCCAUCUCACAGGUGAUGCCGCCGCUGCUCGUCCUGGCCUUCGUGCUGGGCGUGCUGGGGAACGGUGUGGCCCUGUGCGGCUUCUGCUUCCACGUGAAGACCUGGAAACCCAGCACCAUCUACCUUUUCAACUUGGCCGUGGCUGACUUCCUCCUUAUGGUCUGCCUGCCUUUUCGGACGGAUUACUACCGGCGAGGCCGGGACUGGGCCUUCGGGGACGUGGCCUGCCGCGCCGUGCUCUUCAUGCUGGCCAUGAACCGGGCCGGCAGCAUCGUCUUCCUCACCGUGGUGGCUGCAGACAGAUACUUUAAAGUGGUGCACCCACACCAUGUGGCCAGUGCCAUCUCUGCCCGCACAGCCACCAGUGUCGUGGGCGCCCUCUGGGCGUCAGUCAUCGUGGGGACCUUGCACCUGCUGCUGGACAGCCGGCUGUGCAUGCGCCAGGGGGCUGCGUCCUGUGAGAGCUUCAUCAUGGAGUCAGCCAACGGCUGGCACGACAUCAUGUUCCAGCUGGAGUUCUUCCUGCCCCUCGGCAUCAUCUUGUUCUGCUCUUUCCGGAUUGUGGGGCGCCUGCGGCAGCGGCAACACCUGGCUCGGCAGUCCCGGAUGAGAAGGGCCAUCUGGUUCAUCCUGGUGGUGGCCCUGGUGUUUGUCACCGGCUACUUGCCCAGCGUCUUGGCCCGGCUCUAUUUCCUCUGGACGGUGCCCGCCAGUGCCUGCGACCCAUCGGUCCACCUGGCCCUCCACGUCACCCUCAGCUUCACUUACAUGAACAGCAUGCUGGACCCCCUGGUCUAUUAUUUCUCCAGCCCCUCAUUCCCCAAGUUCUACACCAAGAUCAAAAUCUGCAGUGUGAGAUCCAAGUGGUCGGGACACUCCAGGACACCAGGGCCGGAGGAGAUGCCGGUUUGCAACCUGCGUCGCAAAGUCUGUGUGCGCAUGGCUAAGCGAGGCCAGUCCGAUGCCCAGUGUGACCGCCACGCAUGCUAAGCAGUUCGGGAGGAAGAGAGGCCGGAUGGGCAGCCUCCGGCUGGUAUGUGCCUAGAAAUGGUCACCUGACUUUCUGAGUCACAUUACUGUCCCUUGCCUGCAGGUCCCGGUUGGUUGAAGUAAGCUGGUGGCAUUGACAUGAGCUGGGCACAAGGGCAGGGGCGAGGGGUGCGUGUGGAGGGCCGUGGGCAUCGGGCAGGGAUGUGACGGGCUCCUCAGCUCUGGGGUCUUUCGAAGCAGCAGAACAAACAGAUGCAGUGAAGGACGUGUUCUCACUCAGGGAGGUGGGGGGAAGUGCUGAAGCGAAUCGCUCG